CGAGUCGCGGGAAGUAGAUGAAAAGAAGCAUUCAGAAGGAAGAAAAUGGCAGCAGCAGCGGCGUCGGCGGCAGCCUCCGGCCAGCACCACCAGCUACCUCUACCACCGCCACCGCCACCUCCCCGUGGCAGACCAUUCCCUUCUACGGGUAGAGCUCAUGGAACCGGGAUCGAGCUUAUUGAUCGCGAAAAGACUUGUCCUUUAUUGCUUCGAGUUUUCACCAAGAUUGGAAAUCACCACAAGAUGGAAGAUUUUGCAGUGAGAGGCAAAGAACCGAAGGAUGAUGAGGUUCAAAUUUACACAUGGAAAGAUGCUACACUUCGCGAGUUAACUGAUCUUGUUAAAGAGGUUGCUCCGGAGGCAAGGAGAAGAAAUGCAAAAUUGUCGUUUGCUUUUGUAUAUCCUGAUAAACAUGGCCGUUUUGUUUUGAGAAUGGUGGGAAUGACUCAUUCAAGCGCAAGACGACCAGAUGAUUCUAGGUCAUUGGUUCAACUCGGUUUUCAGAUUGGAGAUUACUUGGAUGUGGCAAUCCUGUAAAGGGGAAGAUUGUUCGUGCAUGGAGCUUGAUCGAUUUUAGGGAGGCCUGUUUUUAGGCAAGUUUAGAUGUGAAAAUACAAACAUAUGAUGGGCUCUUGUCUUCCUUAAAAUUUAAAAACUGAUGAACUCAUGUAAGAAUGUUAGUAUUAAUAGUUAUGCAAAAAUAUUAUUGAUAUCAA